AUGCAAACUGUUUCAACUUCACCUCUUAGCGAGGUUUCUAGAAAAUUUGAGAACGAUUUCUUCUCAAAGCUUAAAAUUGAAGACGAGAAAAUCGAAAACGAAAACGAAGAUAAACACGAGGUAGAAGAAGAAGAUGAAGAUGAUGAUGAGUUUACAUUUGUUUUCGCAGAUCCUAAAGGUUCACCGAUUUCCGCUGACGAUGUGUUCGAUAAAGGUCAGAUUCGUCCGAUUUUUCCUUUUUUCGGUCAGGAUCUUCAUUUCACCGACGAUUACGAUAAUGAAUCUGGAAACCGUUCACCGGUGAGGAAAUUUUUCGUGGAAUCACCGUCUUCGUCGAAGACAGCGACGAGUUCUGCGGCGGUGGAAGGAACUUACUGCGAGUGGAAUCCAAAAAAAGCGGUGAAGAGUAAUUCAACAGGAUCAUCAAAACUAUGGAAGUUACGAGAUCCAAAGCUGAGAAGUAACAGUGACGGAAAAGACGCUUUCGUGUUUUUGAAUCCGUCGAAGGUAGAGAAAACGAGUUCCAGCGCCGGCGAGACGAAGAAUGAUGUUGUAAAGAAAGUGAAAAUGGUGAAAGGGAAAAAGGCGGCCCCAGCGCCGUCGGCACAUGAGAAGCAUUAUGUGAUGAGUAAAGCGAGGAAGGAGAAUGAUAAACGGAAAUCUUAUUUGCCGUAUAGGCAAGAGUUGUUUGGGUUCUUUGCUAGUACAAAUGGAUUGGGAAUGAGUAGAAAUGUUCAUCCUUAUUGA